AAUUUAGCUUUCAUUUUUUAUAAAUCUUUUUCUUUCUCUUGUUUAAUUGCAUAGGUCAGUAACUCCAAAACAUUGUCAAAAUCAUAACGACAAUGUGCACUGUUUGUUUGGGUUUUUUCCCCUGAAUUUACAGGAAAAAAUAAUAAACAUUUUAUCAGCUUUCAGCAGAGAUGCCAUACACUUUCUGUACUUCCCAAUCCUGAGUUUUCGUCGCUGUCACUCUUUAUCCAAUACCUUCAGUCCUGAAAAUUCCUUCCCUUCGUUUAAAGAUAAAAAACAAAGUUUUUCAUCCAUUGCUUUGAAAGGAAAAAUUGUAGUGGAGGGCAGGGCUAAAAAGGAGCAGGUUGAACUCCACAGCAAUCGCCAAAGCAAGGGGUUAGAAAAAGUUUCUUGGUCCUCUAGUCACUCUUUAGAAGGAAGAACCCGAGGUUGGGGAGGAGUCGGGGCCACCCCCGCCCCCUGCCCGGAGUCGUUGCCACCCGCGGAGAUGAAAUGUGAGCCUGGGUGGCCAAGGACGCCGGAGUGGCCGCCUUCCCAGCGCCUGAGCGCAGUGGGGCGAGACAAAGAGACCUGGGCCCCCAGCGCAGCCCGUCUCGGGCCACGCGCGCCCCAGCUCCGCGGAGUCCCGCACUGGCUGGCCCGGGACGCGCCGGGUCCGGGCUCCCUUGGAAGGUUCCCUAGGCAAUGGCCGGGUCUCCGCUCCACCCGGCUCUCAGGAGCGCUGCUCUCUCCAUCUGAUCGUCCUCCAUCCUACCCAUUCCCUCCGGUUCCGGGCUCUCCCUUCGCUCCAAGCCUCUCUCUGGCGCGCAACCUCAGGCCACCGACUUGGAUGGACGCUCCGAGGCUGCCCGUGCGUCCAGGGGUCUUGCUUCCGAAGUUGGUCCUGCUCUUUGUCUACGCAGAUUAUUGCCUUGCUCAGUGUGGCAAAGAUUGCAAAUCUUACUGCUGUGAUGGAACCACACCCUACUGUUGCUCCUACUACGCUUAUAUUGGGAAUAUCCUCUCGUCUGGAUGCAGCCUGAAAUUCUGCACUUGUAACCAACUCCCAGGCAUUACUGCCACUACCUAUCUUCCCAGUACACCUGGAAAGCAAAGGGGCACUGCAAUUGCGGGCAUUGUUUUUGGAAUAGUAUUUAUCAUGGGAGUCAUUGCUGGGAUUGCCAUAUGCAUCUGCAUGUGCAUGAAGAACCACAGGGCGACCCGCGUGGGCAUCCUCAGGACAACUCACAUCAACACUGUCUCCUCCUAUCCUGAGCUAUGUUCUCGGCCGAACACCUUCAGCCUGCCCAGCCCACUAGAGACUUGCAAGACUUUUGCUCCACAAAGGAGUGCUCAGGGGACAUCCCACUCAGUUCUGUGGUUCCGUCUUCCUCUUCUCUUCGGUGGCUCAAUCCUGCUUCCUCACAUCCUCCAAGUACAGGGCAAUCACAGCACCACCUCCCUACGGUUACGACCAUGAGAUGGAAUACUGUGCAGACUUGCCUCCUCCAUACUCCGCCACCCCACAGGGCUCAGCACAGCGUUCUCCACCCCCUCCUUAUCCUGGAAACCCAAGGAAAUAAUCUAUCUCCCAGAACAGAACAUGUGCCAAUGGGUGAUCUUGCCUGGAAUAAAAUGCCUCUACUCAGAAACAGGCAAGAAAGAAUUGCUCCAAGGAAUACUUUUUGGGGUCAGAUAAUAUGUCAGGUGGAAUAUCCCUGCUAGGAGAUAUAGGGUUUCUACUCUGCUCAAAGCUGACCCUACCUGGAAUAUUAAUGUUUGGUUCUAUGGAACCACAUUUUAAGAGAUCCACUGAUCCACCUAAGCACAUUCAGAGAAGAGUAAUGUAAUUGACAAAAUAUCUGAUAAUCAUGUUGUUUAAGGCCAAGGUGAAGGAAGUUUCAGUGUUGAUCCUGGAAAAAAGAAGGUCUAAAUAGAAUGGGAGAAUGAUUUGGCCUACACAAGGAAGCAACUUUACUCUACGUAGCUUUAAAAGUCAGAACUAGAAUUGUUCAUUCUUUCAUUCAUCAAUAAAUGUAUUUUGAGUGCCUAAGAGCUUAUUAUGUGCCUAGCACUGUUUGAGGUCCUGGUGGAAGUUACAGGACAGGUGCUCUGGUUUUAGUACAAGAAAGAGCAACAACUAGAUUGCUUUGUGAAGCUCUUGGUAGAGACAUGCUCCAGAAGGGAUAACAAAAUCAAAUAGUAGAUGGGUCCAUUGGGCCUCAGAAGUUCUGCUUGUGUUUUAGGUGGGUGUGAAGUGAAUUUCUAUGUGUUCAAUAGCGAAUACAACAGAAAGAGUUGGAUCUUAUUUAUUUAAUUACGGAGUUAAAACAAGACCAAAAAGACUCAAUAACCACUUGAAGCCAAGUACUCUUCAAUGCCAGCUACUACCACCUAAACAUCAUCUGACUUUAUAGUGGAUCAGAAUAAAGGUUAUUCCAACUGUGGGGAGAAAACAAAAUUGUAUCAAGUUUCACAGGUAGCAGACACAUCACUUCUGAGUAAAAGAUGAGAAAUCAAAUAUUCCCACAAGAUUUCAGGUCAGGGAGCAAAAAUCUCAGAACUUGACCAUGAAGAUACACAACAAGCUUGCAAAAAGAAGAAAGAGUGGGAAAUGAAGUUCAGAUUCCCUUCUGUGGAAAUCUUUGAAACUAUUAUUUUUUUCUUUUUGUAAAAUUUUGAUAAUCUAUUUUCUUAAAAAAGUUAAUAACAAAAUUAAGAUACUGACAUCAAACUCUUGCCUUUUGCCAAAAUGCAAAUUUUAUGAAGUGCCUACCUUUAUAUGUAUAAUAAAUAAUUCUAAUGUGCUGUAUUUUGCUGUGAGUGACCUUAACAUUUUAUAUUUUUAUAUGAGUUGUUUCAGGUAUUUAUAAAAAUUGUAUAUUGAACAUUGGAAAUAGAUGAUUAGAUUUUUGUGUCAUUUUAUGAUUAAAUCUAAAAUGUUUAAUCUAAUAUCAUCAUCAAAAUUCAGUGAAAUCCCAAAAAGUGCCAAGAAUUUUGCUGAAUGAAAGAAUCAAAUGAAGCAUUUUAAGGUUUAAGUUAUAGUACCUAUACUUGCAGAUAAGAAGCUUACUACAUCAUUAUUAUAAGUAGUAUAUAUUACUUUCAAAUACCUAUAUUAGAAAGGUAUUGAUCUGACUGAAAUAUAAUCUACCUGCCAGUAAGGUCCAAAGGCUGAAUUUGUUUUGAAUGACUUCCUUGAUUUUUAAGCACUGAUUAUUUUCUUAUACAUGAGGAUGCGAAGCAUUCAGGAGUUUCAGCCUGUUCUAGCGAGGGGCUCCCCGACUUACAUAAAGUUUUCAGCACAAUUUUAAUAGUACCCAUGCUUUAAUUUAUUUUUCUUCUGCAUGUGGUCAGACCCAAUUACACUGCAGCUAUGACUCUCAAAGUGCCAGGGUCCCUGUGACGAUUCUGAGAAUGCUGAAUACAAAUAUACCAUAUAUUCUUUAAGAAAAAUGGAAAGACCAGCAGAAAUAGAGUUUUAUCAUCUUCACCAUCAAUAAACAUUUAUUGCAUACCUCCUACGUUCUGGAAAUUUUCCCCAAAUAGAAGCCAGUUCAGUCCACACCAUCUCUCUUCUUUGAGUUGUUUAUGGCCUCCCAUAAGGCAUUUUACAAACCCAUAAGCCUACAAUAGAUGAGUAUUUUUACUAUUUGUAUUAAGUGGCAUAAUAGCAUAAAUGCGCACAUUACAAGUAUAGACUGUUGGAGUUCACUGGGUGUUUUCAUAGAUGAUGAUGCUUGGGGAAAAACAGUAUAGGAUGUGAAAGCUUUGAAUUAUGGUUAUUUAAAAACUAACAUUUGCUGUGGCCAAAGUGUUUACAAUAAGCAAUAAAAUGAAAGAACCUAUUAUAACGCAGAUUAUA